AUGAUAGUUUACCUAAGAAUCAUAAAAUUAAAAUUAAAAAAAUCUAUUGUUUAAUAGACUUAAAAUAGUAGAAAAGGCAAUUAGAAUUAUUAAUAAUAUAAUAUAUUAAUAAUAAAUCCUAACAAUUCAGGCGUUAUUUCAAAAAGGGUAAAUGUUUUAAGGAAAGGUUUUGUAGAUGAAGCAAUUUUGUGUUUUGAAGAAUCAAUUAAUGAGAAUAAUAGUAGAAAAGCUGUAACUUAAUCUUUGUUAGAGAUAACCAAAAUAAAAAUUGAUUAGAAGGCCUUUUAUUCUGCUUUUUAUCCUAUACAAAGGGAAGAUUAUUUAAAAUUGUACAAAUCAUCAAUAAGAUAUUUGAAUAAGUUCACAGAAGGAGUGAUGUUUUCAAUGAAGAGAGAUUACAAAGAAGCUAUCAUAACCUUUACAGAAUUAAUCAACACAUAAUAAUUAGAAGAGUUAAACAAAUAUUUUAUUAUAGAGCAUGUGGUACCAAAUAAUAUUUACAAAAUAGGUUUUAUGUGUAUAAAAGAAUAUAAGAAGGCAUUAUAAGAUUUAAUUCAUUGUUAAGAUUAAUAUCAAUUAGAUCCAGCUAGUAUUUUACUAAGACCUUAAGAUCCACAAUUAUCAUUAUAAGCAGGUAAUUUAUUAUUUUUUUAUGGUGAUUAUAAAAAUGCAAUUCUUUCUUAUUCUGAACUUUAUAACAUUUAAAAUAAUAUUGAGUUAGAGAGCAAAGUGUUACAUUAUUUAAAAAAAACUUGA